CGCAACACAACCGAUGGAACAAGUAGGCAAGAGUACAUCGAAUACGAAUGAAGAUCGGCGUGUCCUUCAUGCAUUCGUUCACUGAUCCUUCUCUUCACAUGAGUCCUGAUGCACGCGACAAGCCAAAGUGAGAAAGACAUGGACCUACAGCUCCACUGUCAGCGCCAAAUGGAUCCUGGCGUCACUUCUUCUUGCCCCCCUUGGCUCCCUUGCCCUUGUCGUCCUUCACCUCCUCGGCCUCUUCCUUGGGGGCAUCUGGGCUCGGCAGCGGAAACACGAGAGAAAAAGGUGAUGUUGGCGGGCUCAGCAGUUCCUCUUGCUGCUCUUGGUCCGCCCCAUCACCUCCAGCAAUGGCUGUGGUCUCCUCCCUCUUCUUGCGUCCCGCCGCUUCCUUUGAUCCGGGGCGGCUCGGUGGCCCUCCACUGGCUGGCGAGGAUGGCGCUUCUGGGGGAAUGGCAAGGAGGCUGUAUGUCUUAUGGAGGGCCACCAUUGUUCUCGCCAUCGCAGUGGGCGCCGCUCGCAAGUCGAGACACCGGCCGUCCUCUUCGAUGUCGACCUUUGACACGUCUGACGCCAAGACAGAAGCGAAAACAGAGGUGGAGAGACACGUAGUGUCCAGGUGUGUCAUGGUCGCCUACAAUUCAUGACGUAUUCAUGUCUCUCCAGCUCCUUGAGAAUGGCGCCUCUCCUCUUGACCGCCGCCUCCGCCUCCUCAAGAGUCUUCUUCUGGGCUUCAAGCUUAGUUCUCAGCUCUCCUCGUGGCGUGAGAGCUUCGGGCGGCUCUUCAGUGGGGGCCUCCUUCCCUCCUCCCUUCUUGGCAUCUUUCUUGGCAUCUUUGCCCUUGGCUGCCGCCGGUGGGGGUUGUGGUGGCUGCUCCUCUGCUUCAGCAGCGCUCGCAGGCCGACUGGCAGCUUUCUCUUCUAGCUCCUUGAGGGAAGAUUCCACCUCUGCAGGCGGGAUACAGAAUGACAUUCCAUGCCCUUCCCUGUCUUGAGGGAGAAUUGUAUCUGUCUCCCCCUCCUGACCCGCGAUUUGUUUUCUCUGCUUCUCCUGCAGGCGAUUCAGUUUCAGGCUGGCGCUUUUGGUCUCCGCUUUUUUUGCUUCAAGCUGAAAAGCAUUUCAAAGCAGAAAGAUGAGUUUUGUGUGCUUGUUCCUCCCGCCAAGACCCCUCACCCGCCGCGCACCUACCUGCUUUGCCAGGUCAGUCAUCGCCCUGGUCAAAAGAAAAUCCAGCAGAAUGUCUGAAAGUGCACAGGGAGAGGGGGUGUCGGUACAUAUCUGCGCCUAUGUGUGUGUGAUGUGCGUGAAGGCCUCUAGGGAAGCACCAUUGGUCACAUCAGCGUUGAGCAAGCGAUGAAAGUUAUCAAUGCCAUACUGCAUACAAGGGAAGGAACACCGACACACAGCAUGGGUCAAUUGUGCUCAAUUGGGGAGGCUCAGCGAAUCGCUGCCAACCUCCGUGCCUCAUGAUGGCGACGCUCUUACCUGCACGGAAAAGAACAU